AUGGCAAGUGUCAAGAUAUGUGUUUGUCUCGUUUUGCUUCUACUACUCGAAUUGGCGCCAGUGCACCAAUGUCGAUCUUUGGUCGCAGAAGAGCGACUUUCCGGUUCAAGCCGCGUGAUGAAGAUUAGAAGAGAGCUUUCUGAGAGACUAAAAGAGCUGAAUGCUAGAUUAGAAGGUGAAGGGGUGAACCUUGGCAAUACUCUUGACUCGAAGCGGCUCAGCCCCGGUGGUCCUGACCCAAGGCAUCAUUAA